AUGAAGCUUAGUUUUCUUAUUAAUAGUGUUGUUUGCCUUGGAAGUCACCUUGGUUACGGAAGCAGAUUGCAAAGUUUCUUGGAUGGUGAAUUAGUCAAAACAGGGAAUAGUGGUAGCAUAAACAUCGACCGAUACUCGUUUCCUGCCGCCUUUGAAUGGAUGAAUUUACCGCAUAUCAAUUAUUAUACCGACGAUAACUUUGACAAUUUGGCAAACGCAGUAGAGUUGUUAGAGUAUGCCAAGGAGAACCAUGUCUUUGGUGACUACUUGUACUUGUGGAACUUUAUUAAUUGCAAGGGAGAUGAACUGGAAGCUACUUUGGAUUCGAUGUCAUUAUUAGGCCAGACAUUGUCAGAGCUCUCGCCUGAAGUCCUAGUUUCAUUGAUUUUUUCAACUUCCAAUUCUAAGCUAAGAACGUUUUACAUAGAGAUUCAGACUGGAACAGAUAAAGAGGUGAAUGAGGUGAAUGAAUCAGAAGGCAGAAUAAGUUAUCAGUUUCUAGAUCAGGCCGCCGAACCCUUCUAA